AUGAGAGCUCGAGCGGGCUUACAGGCCUACGGGCUCCCUCUUCGAGCUUCACACACUAUCUACUCCCCCAUUGGCUACCGGCCGGUGUCGAUAUGCUCGCAAUGCCUUCACAAUCGCAUCUCCAUGUCGAUACCUCCACGCCACAUCAUAGCUCGCAAUUACCAUCCUUCACGUCGAAAAGACCAGUCUGCCCUCGCAUCAGCCAUGUCUGCGGCCCAGAAUCUGUUAUCGAAAGCUCCUCCGUCCCCGCUGCCCUCAAACCUACCGUCAAACGUAUCCGUCGACCCGCUCAGGAUGGUAGGGAAGGAGUUGAAGUUUCUAAAGAAGAAUCUGCGAAGUCUGCUGGGCUCCGGACAUCCGAUUCUAGACCAGGUUGCGAAAUAUUACGCUCAGAGUGAAGGCAAACAGGUCCGGCCCAUGCUAGUUCUCCUCAUGUCCCAGGCCACGGCGUUGACACCCAGCUGCGAGAAACGCCGGGAACGAGACCAACUGCUUAAUUCUUUGCUCUCCUCCCCAUCUUCCGGUUCUUCAGGAGCCUACAUCAACGACUCGAUCAAUUCCCCAGCUAUCCUCGCAGAUACAAAUCCAGACCUGAUGCCGCUCAGCUCUCCAACUCGCGAUGCAGUAUAUGCACCCAGUAAGGAAGAUUCCAAAGAUAACUUUGCCAACGUGCUACCUUCGCAACGACGUCUGGCUGAAAUCACGGAAUUAAUCCAUACCGCUUCCCUCUUGCAUGACGAUGUCAUUGAUAACGCAGUUACAAGGCGAUCUAACCUGUCUGCUAACCUUGCGUUUGGAAACAAAAUGGCUGUGCUGGCUGGAGAUUUCCUCCUUGGCCGUGCAUCCGUCUUCAUUGCGAGACUACGUGAUCCCGAGGUGAUCGAGCUGCUAGGAACCGUAAUGGCGAACCUCGUGGAGGGAGAGUUCAUGCAGUUGAAAAAUACCAUGCUGGACGAAUCAAACCCUGUCUGGUCUGAAGAUAUCAUCUCGUAUUACUUACAAAAGACAUAUUUGAAAUCAGCCAGUUUGAUCAGCAAGUCCUGCCGUGCGGCCGCACUCCUAAACCAGAGCGGACCAGAGGUCGCAGAAGCCGCUUAUCUCUUUGGAAGGAAUCUGGGAUUGGCCUUCCAGCUCGUCGACGAUAUGCUGGACUAUACCGUCAGCGGAGAGGAACUAGGUAAACCCGCUGGUGCCGACCUGGAGCUUGGACUAGCCACUUCGCCUUUGCUCUUUGCCUGGAAACAACGGCCAGAGCUCGGAGCGCUAGUUGGUAGAAAGUUCUGCCGCGAGGGAGAUGUUCAAUUGGCUCGUCAAAUCGUCUCUCAGUCUGAUGGCCUUGAUCAAACUCGAGCCCUUGCCCAGCAGUACGCUGACGACGCUGUCGCAGCCAUCAGCAAGUUCCCCGACAGUGAUGCAAAGGAUGGUCUAAUCGAAAUCUGCCGCAAGACGAUAAAUAGAAGAAAAUAA